UUCACCGAUAGAGCGGAUGGAAGAAUUCCAAGAGGCUGAUGUAUUGUGGCCCGACCGCGAUCGAGACGGAGACGAGGAUACCGAGGAGUGGCACGCCGGACUCGGAGCUCACCGGAAGGCGUCCAGCCCCGUCAGGAUCCCUUCCAGGCCUCGAGCUGUUCGUUCUUGGACGCCGGGCUUCGCCUACGCUGCAAACUGUGACGACGACGACGACGAUAGUGAUGAUAACGAGGGCGGCAGGAAGAGCGAUACGAUUCCGCCACACCUCAUUGUGGCCCGGAGGGUUGCGGAUAAGAUGGCCUUCUCGAUGUGCGUCGGCAUCGGCAGGACGCUCAAGGGACGGGAUCUCAGCCAAGUCCGGAACUCCAUCCUGCGGAUGACUGGAUUCCUGGAGAGAUGAUACAUGUCUGAUCAAGAAGCUCUUUUUUCCUCCCUUCUUUCUGUGAUUACACCGAGCCGAGCUUGUUCUUCCUAGGAUUUGUUUAUUACUUCAAAAUUGUUUAGAUAUAUUAUAACCCUCAGAAAAAGCCAGAGAGAGAGAGAGAGAGAGUUGACUUUGAGGAUUGUCAUGCAGAAACGUGAGCAACUGCAACAUGAGAUUUUGACACGAAACCACGUAUGUUGUUCAUAGUCCACAAGAUUGUGUGCCGGAUUGCAGGUGAUGCGUCUUUUGAAAGAAAACUCUGAUCAGGUGCUCUUGCAUUAUAUGUGAAAACUUUGGAGGAUGGACGUACUGAUGCGAGCAUGCGGUUCAUGAGUUCUAAAGCUAACGAUCGCGUCCACCAAGUAAAUUAUCUUCGUUCACAAACAAU